AUGUCCACGCCAAACAAUACAUCAGAUUCAUUCGACCGGAAAGAUGAUUCAACACUAAAGUCAAUCAAAAACAUAGUUCAGCGAUACAAUAAACGACGUAGUACUUCACAAACGGAUACCAAUCCAACAUAUUUAAAAUUGCUGCUUACAAGCUGCAAAGAUGAACUGAAGGAGAUGAGCAGAAACAAGAAAAGAGUUACAAGUAUGGAAAUUGAAAAGAUGAUGAGCCUUAUAGGUGAGAUAAGUCAAGAAAUAGACGAGCUUGGAAAGAUGUGUGGAAUUGAAAAGAGACGAAAUGUAAGAAUGCUGUGUUAUUUUCUAUUUGUUGUUUGUAUAAUAGUUGGUGUUAUUGUAGGUGCUGUUUCUAAGCUAAAAAUAUUGAAAUAAAUUUGUUAAUCAUG